GGUAAACACGGAAGUUAAAUCAUACUAAGUAUAGUCGGCUUGAGGUUGCUCUUGAUACGUGUCUUUUUAGUGAUUAAUAUGAUCAUAAAUCUUUAGCAGAGAAUACAUAUAAUCAAUAAAGAUAAAGAUCAAGAAAGCGUCAAAAACCAAGCAGCUGAAUAGCGGUGUCGUCCAGGCUGAUAUAAAGUUUGUACCGCACACGUUGCUGCAGUCCAAUGGCUUCAGAUAAGCAAGUCACAUUUGUGAUCGUCGGUGGAGGAAUUGCAGGUGUAACUUGUGCAGAACAGAUCGCAUCGCAGUUCGCCUCAGAUGAAGUUUGUCUUCUGACAGCCUCACCCUUAGUAAAGACGGUUACAAAUUUCAAACAGGUGUCAAAGACGUUGGAAGAAUUCGAUAUCGAGGAACAGCCCUCCAGUGUUUUAGAAGAAAAGUAUCCCAAUCUGAAAGUCAUACAAUCUGCAGUGAACCUCCUGCGAGCUGAAGAGCAUCUUUUACAAGCAGAGAACGGUCAGACGUUUCAUUAUAAAAAGCUGUGUAUCUGCAGCGGAGCCAGACCCAAGCUUCUCUAUCAAGAUAACCCUCAUGUGCUGGGCAUACGGGACACAGACAGCGCUCAGGAGUUUCAAAAGCGUUUAUCAAAGGCUAAAAGGAUAGUUGUCAUUGGCAAUGGAGGAAUCGCAUUAGAAUUGGUGUAUGAAGUGGAAGGAUGUGAAGUGAUCUGGGCUAUAAAGGAUAAAGCCAUAGGAAACACAUUCUUCGAUGCAGGAGCUGCUCAGUUUCUCAUUCCCUCACUGGAGGCUGAGAAAAAAGAAAGAUCUUUGCCCUGCAAGAGAGCACGCUACACUACUGACAAGACUGGAGCAGGCCAGAGUGGGGCUACAGGGGAGCUCGGCAGCGCCUUGGGCCCAGAUUGGCAUCAGGGGAUUGAACUAAAAGGAACAGAGCAGAAUUCCAGUGGAGUCCAUAUAGAAUAUGAGUGUGAGGUUAGCCAGAUCUACACCCAGCAGGAGUUCUUGCGGUCCCAACUCGACACAGAGAAAUCUGAAUUAGGACUGUGGCCAGCUUAUGUUCAGUUAACCAAUGGGACGAUUUAUGGAUGUGAUUUCGUCGUUAGCGCAACAGGCGUCGUGCCAAACACCGAUCCUUUUCUCAGUGGAAACCAUUUUGAAUUGGCAGGAGAUCAUGGUCUGAGAGUGGACGAUCAUAUGCGGACGUCUGAACAGGAUGUGUAUGCGGCUGGAGAUGUGUGCACUGCAGGCUGGGAGCCCAGCGCUCUCUGGCAACAGAUGCGAUUGUGGACUCAGGCGCGUCAGAUGGGCUGGUACGCAGCACGUUGUAUGGCUGCGGAUGUUCUGGAGGAGCCCAUAGAGCUGGACUUCUGCUUUGAGCUGUUCUCACACAUCACCAAAUUCUUCAACUACAAGGUGGUUUUGCUAGGGAAGUUUAAUGCUCAGGGUUUGGGUCAGGACCAUGAGCUUCUUGUGCGCUGUACAAAAGGCCAGGAGUAUGUAAAGGUGGUUCUGACUGGGGGCCGAAUGGUUGGAGCCGUCCUUAUCGGAGAGACGGACCUGGAGGAAACUUUCGAGAACCUCAUUCUCAACCAGAUGGACUUAUCCAGAUAUGGCGAGGAGCUUCUUAAUCCUAACAUUGACAUUGAAGACUACUUUGACUGAUUCGUUCCGGUUAGUCAGUGACAGAGAGAUUAUUUAUUUAUUUUAAAGCUGCAUGGUGUAAUUUAUGUUCCUUGAAACAGUCUACAGUUUGUUUUCAAACACUUCACCAAUCGUACACCGGUCUUGUUCAGAAACAGGAAGUUCUUGCUCAAUCUGUUGCCUUUGGUCGUGGCAAUAUUGUCACGGUUAACACACAAAUAAACAGAUUUCCAUUUUGUUUGUAUCGGUUUGGCUCAGUCAACGACAAAGAGAGGAUUUAUUUAUUUAUUUAUUUUAUUAAAGCUGUGCCAUGCGAUUUAUGUUCUACAAAACCGUUUACACAGUUGGGCUGGGACGAUAAAUUGAUGUAGAAUCGAUUCGUGGAUCGAAUUUGAGAUUUUCAGGAUGCAUCGAUUCCGAGUUUAGAUUUUAACAGCAGAUGGCGCUCUAAUCUAGUUUUUAUCAGCACUCUCAAAUGCUCAUGAAGAAGAGUGCCAAAGAGUGCUGGUGCAUUCAUUGUGCGAGUCAUGUAACGUUAAUUUCACCUCAACUAAGAACGCUUUUAUGAUGCAAGAUUAAUGUAAAUAGACUAUUGUGAACAUCCUUGUAAUUUGCUUCAAAGUUUUCGCAUUUUAUGAAUGAUUAUUUUAGGCUCAAGUUUGUGUAUUUGGUACCAAGCAGAGUAUGGGUGUUUCUAAAGCAUGCAGUGCCAUCUGCUGUUCAAAACUAAGCUCAGGAUCGACUUGAGAAAGAAUCGCAAUGCAUUCGGGAAAAUCUCAAAAACGUCUUGCUCAAAAACAGGAAGUGCUACUUAUAUUGUCAUGCUUAGCAUGCAAAUAAACCGAUUUCAGUUUUGUUUGUAACAACUAGGGGUCUCCUCAUGUGACUAGUACUUUGUUCCAAAUUUCUCAUUUUGUGUUUCAAGUCAUAUGGGUUUGGAAUGAUGGUGAAAGUAUAAAUGAUAUGCAGAUUUAAUAACGCUGAACUUUUUUGAAAUGUUAGUUUGAACUAUUCCUUUAAGGAACUAUGAGCUAUUAGGAGUAAACGAUGGAUAACGCACAUUGAGAAACCAAGUAAGAAAAACACAGACUACUAACAGACUACACAGAGUUGGUAAGAAAUAAAUAUAUUUAUAGAUUUUU